AUGUCCUCACCUACAAGUGGGAUUUAUAACAUUACGCUGUGGAAUUCAAAAACAAAACUUAAAGUGUAUUGUGACAUGGAAACUGACGGUGGCGGUUGGACUGUCUUUCAAAACAGAUUUGACGGUUCAGUUGAUUUUUUUCGGAAUUUCUACGAUUAUGAAUUUGGAUUUGGUGACAUUGAUGGCGAAUUUUGGUUAGGUCUUAAAUAUGUUCAAGAAAUGACAUCUUUAACACGGGAAGAAUGCCUGUCAGAACUUAGAAUUUCUCUUACUGGGAGUGAAUGGAACACGGCCUACGAAGUCUACAACAACUUCUCCUUAGGGUAUCGUCCAUCCUUCAGACUUAACCUUACUCCAGGAAAAGAAUCAACAGUUUUUUACAAAGACUUUUCACUGUAUGACCAGAAUGAAGUUGCUUUUUCAACAUUUGAUCGAGAUCAGGAUCAGUCUAAAAUCGGUCAUUGUGCUGUCGGCUUUCAUGGUGCGUGGUGGUACAGGGAUUGUGCUAGACAGAACCUGAACGGAGAGUAUGCCGUACCUGGUAAAUUACAUACCAGUCCCGUAAAAGGGUUCUUCUAUCACUCAUUCAGUCAUUAUUCAACUCUUAGAGCAUCAAGGAUGAUGUUUCGAAGAAUGUAA